AUGUCCGCCUUGCAGAUCCUGGCUUUCAUCAGCGGCCUCGUUGGACUUGGGGCCACCAUUGGCGCCACGGUGUCCAAUGAAUGGAAGGUCACCAGCCGGGCGUCCUCGGUCAUCACAGCUACAUGGGUGCUGCAGGGCCUGUGGAACAACUGCGCCGGGAAUGCUCUCGGAGCUCUCCAUUGUAGGCCACACCAUACCAUCUUGAACCUGGACGGUUACAUCCAAGCUUGCAGAGGGCUGAUGAUUGCAGCGGUGUGUCUGGGCUUUUUUGGUACCGUCUUCGCCCUGGUGGGGAUGAAGUGUACCAAAAUUGGAGGAAGUGACAAGAGCAAAGCGAGAAUCGCCUGCUUCGCCGGUGUCAGCUUUAUCCUCAGCGGUCUGUGCUCACUUUCAGGUUGUUCCCUCUAUGCACAUCGCAUAACAUCGGAAUUUUUCAACCCAUUGUAUGUUGCACAAAAGUAUGAACUGGGAGCAGCACUCUUCAUUGGCUGGGCAGGUUCUGUGCUCUGUAUUCUUGGCGGAUGUGUGCUCUGCUUCUCGGUGGCAGACUGUAAGAAAAGCCAAACAAAUUAUGUCUACAAAGGCGCUGCCUCACAGUCACAUAUCUCCUCCUACCAAAGAGGAAGAGGGCCGUCUGUGAGCCAGAGGCAGCCUCCUGAAAACAGCAGCUCCUCCAGGGCUCCUAACUUUGAUAAGAACAUAUACGUGUAAAUGAUGUGAAUAUUAAGAGACGCCGCGUGGUGGGUAAGAUAGUGUGGAAGAAAAGAUAACAUUGCACCGGAGGAAAGGUUUUUGUUGAGCACUAGGUGAAUUUAUUACUACAGUCAUAAUGAAAGGUCAUUG